AACACAAUCAGUUACAACGAGAGUUGUUGCUAAGAUGAACAAACUAAUUGCUCGGAUAAUAUGUUUGGGGUUAAUAGUACAUUCGAUCGAAUCGAAUUUUGUCGAUUUAACACAGUAUUAUCGCCAGCGAAAUGAUCUGCUCAUUUCAGAGAUGAACUCCAGUUUUGGCAACGAUAUCAAUCUAACGGAAAUCGAAAAAGUGGCAAAUAAAAUAAUUAUGAAAGCAAAAGAAGAUGAGCUUAAAGUUGGUUUGAUUAAUCCGCAUCUUUUCAAUCCAUCUCGACACAUUUUCGAGGUAUUGGACAUUGUAAAGAAUUCCAAAUUGUUUCAAAUCAUUAAAAAAAUGCCGAAAGGUGGUCUUUUGUAUGUACAUGAAAAGACCAUGUGCUCAGCCGAUUAUUUGGUUUCUCUGACUUAUUGGCCAAAUUUGUGGCAAUUGUCAACGAAUAACAGUGAAAUUGAAACAUUUCAAUUUGCACGACAAAAGCCACAAAAAUUGCAGAGCAAAAAUGAUGAAUGGCGUCUUGUGGCUGAUGUACGUGCCGAAAUGGGUGCAUCCAAUUACGAUCAAUAUGUUCGCAAAGUAUUUACGCUUUUCGAUAAGAAUAUUGACCCAAGAAUACAAUUUAGGGAUGUCAAUGAAGUUUGGAAUCGUUUUGCGAAUAUUUUCAUAAAAAUUACACCUCUUUUAAGUUAUGCGCCAAUUUUCAAGGAAUACUUAAAACAUGCAUUCAAAGAAUUUCAAAACGAUGGUAUUCAAUAUGCAGAAAUUAGAAGCAGUUUUCCAAAGCUCUAUGAUUUGGAUGGAAAUAUCUAUUCAGAAAUGGCAAUUUUUGAUGUUUAUCAACAAGUAUUGGUUGAAUUUAAGCGUAAAAAUCCGCUUUUCAUCGGAUACAAAAUUAUCUACGCACCAGGAAAAUAUAAGGUAGCAAAUGAAACUAUUGCACAACAAUAUUUCGAUUUGGCUCGUCAAUCGCAUGAAAAAUAUCCGCAUAUCUUGCGUGGAUUUGAUCUGGUUGGACAGGAAGAUAGAACUCCCGGUCUGCUUUUGGUAGCGAAACAAAUUUUACAAUUACCUGCCGAUUUGAAUCUUUUCUUCCAUGCCGGUGAGACCAACUGGUUCGGUAGUGUCGAUGAAAAUUUGUUCGACACAAUUUUGAUGGGAAGUCGUCGAAUAGGUCACGGUUACGCUUUGACCAAACAUCCAAAAUUAAUGGAAUUUGUUAAACGUAACAAUAUAGCAGUCGAAGUAAAUCCUAUCUCCAAUCAAGUUCUCAAACUUGUUGAUGAUUAUCGUAAUCACCCAGCGUCAGUUUUGAUUGCACAAAAUGUGCCCAUCAUAAUUUCAUCAGAUGAUCCAGGAUUUUGGGAGGUGUCUCCACUGUCUCACGACUUUUACAUGACAUUUCUUGGCAUUGCAUCCCGUCACAGUGAUUUGAGAACUCUUAAAAAACUCGCAAUCAAUUCGAUCCAGUAUAGUUCAUUAAACGAUAUGGAAAAAACAACAGCCUUUACCAAAUGGCAAAUCAAAUGGGACCAAUUUAUCAUUGAUUUGGUCGAACAAACAUUUUAACAGCAUUAGAAUAUUUUUUCAAGUUAAAUUGUCAUUAGAGAAAAGAAUAGAAUUUGUUACCAAACAAUUUGUAGUGAAGUGUGUAAUAAAAAGUAUUGCAAAUAUUGAAUAGAAACAAUAAAUUUUAUAUGAGGCUA